AUGCCUUCUGUGUUUCUGGUAGUCCUCACUGGUUUACUGGCUUCUCCUAUCUUAGCCAGUGUAUCAUCUUCCAACUACCUUCCCUUCGAGCUUGAAAAGCGCGACUGCGGUUUCAGCUACUGUGACUGCCAAAGAGUCCAGUGCUUUCUAGAUUUUUGCUUCGACGACCAUGUAGACCCUUGGGUUUUGGUUGACAGCGCUAUGAACGGAUACUACGGGGUAGACUGCGGCCAAUUCGAAUACUGGAAGCGCAAUGAGCCAGCUGAAUACUGCAACAAUGGUCUGCGCAAGGGCAACGCUCUUUUCUACAUUAACCGCAAAUUUGGCUCGCUUGGAAAGUCCUUUACGGUCAACUAUAAGAACACCGACCCUAAAAACCCUAAUCGUGGCUCCGUAUCUGGAUCAUGUCGCCCUGUCCAAGACGUGCAGUGUAAUUGUCACUCUCGUUACAACGCGGAGAAGCAUGACUGCUCUAGAAGCUGCGACAAUUAA